UUCACAGAGGACAGAGCGAACGGAUUUCGCACAAGCCUGGAUUUCUGCAUCUGUUUUUGAAGAACAGUGGAUUAGCCUAGGCUUUUGUCAUUAUCAACAUGUUAAGGCUUGUACAGAUUCAAGCAGUCUUAAAAUGGUCUCUAAAUGGCAAAUGCUGAUUAUGGUAGCUGGUAGCUAUCAGGAUGAAAUCAACUGCCAAGAACCCCCUGGCAAAGUCAGGCAACUGUGCAGACAUGUUCUGCUGUCCAAAGCAAAUACCUGCAAUGUUAAAAACAGAUCUGAAGGGGGAACAGCCUUGGCUGUAUGAAACAAUUGUUUCUGCCUAAUCCAAUGUCAUUAAAAUGAAUCUUUUAAGAAACAGACAACUGUAAAUCAACAGGCAACAUUCACUUUUGUUGAAAAUGUUUAGCUUAGAAGGAAGUUGUACGAAAAGGUCCUCUCCCCUCUUGCCUUUCCGUUGCUAAGGUAACAAAAGCCUGGAAACAUUUGGACUUCCUGAAACUACGAAGCACCGCGUCCUGCGUGCCAGGUAGGCACAUCGCUACAUAACUUAGCCCAUAAACCACACAUUGCAUACAUAACACAUUUUGAAGCUAUCGUCCAGUAGUCCAUUUUACAAUGGCGAAGUGUAGAAAAAGAAUUUGUGUGUACAAUUUGAUGCAACCUUUACAUCUGAUCGAUACAGUUUAUUUCUUUGAUAAACAAAUCUGUCUCUAUUUAGUCUUGAACAGCUGUAUAUGUUAUUUAAGGUUGGUUAACCUAAGCCAACGUUACCAGAACUCCGAACAUACUGGAAAUUAAACCUUUUUAACAAUGACAUUUGGGUCCUUUUAGUUAGCUCGGUUAUGAUAAAGAGCAAUUGUUUAAUAUUCGUAUAAGUUCUAGCUCCUAGCCUGAAAUCUAUCUCUAUAACAUAUAAUCAGUUAGCAUACCAUGAAGUAGCCUGUGGUGACAUAGAGGACAUGAAGAACUACGACAAGGGUAAAGGUCGAAUUCAUGACGGUCAUUGUCAAGUGUAACUUGACCGACUUUGAAUUGAACGUAUAAUCUUGUGUGCGUGACUGGAUAAAGGGGAUAGUUUUGGGUAGAUUGACUCACCUGAAAUCGUAGAUUCAUCUGCAGCUUCAACUCUGUGCUGUAGUUCAAAAGACAGUCCCUUCAGGAUUUUGCAAUUUUGUGUUUUCACAAAUUCAACGCAAAUUCAAGGAUUUCCCGCAAUUGCGGCUUGCAAUUUUCUGUUAUUGUGCUGCCAACCACAGAGCUAUAUUUUUAAUUGAAGUGUGCACUAAUGAACCUUUCAGGGUUAUGUGUUUUCUCACAUUUGUUCAGACCUUUGCAACCAUGAGGAAGAAAUAUGACAAGCAUACUGAAAGUGCUGCCACUUCAAAACCAGAAGAAGAUAUUCGAUCUGAGGAGAGCAGCACCCUGGACCCUGCAGAAUAUGAGAUUCAGUGUGCAGUCAGAGUCAUAAAGAAAACAUGGAGGAGACAUGUUGAUAUUCAAGUCUUCAAGUACUUCAAGGAACUUGUAAACUUCCAUAACCAGGGAAACCCACGUGUCCUGCUGAAACAUGUCAAUCCCAGAGAGGCUGACAUCCUUGAUCCUGCGGCAGGGGUCUUUAUCCGUUUUAGACUGGGUGGAACCACCUUUCCACCAAACAUCUACUAUAAGAUCUUCACUCAUCGCCCCAUAGUGGAUUUAUGCGCCAACAGUCCCAAAGACUACACACAUGAGUCUCAAAGGCGACCUGUUCCUAGGCAGAUACAUAACCACCACCCAGUCGCCCAUGAUGACAGGUCAGGCUGGUAUAAGCGUGUUGAAAAUAAUGGAUGGAGAUUACUAACAGGAAAGAUUGAUUUUUUUAGUGAUGCAAUCACUCUAGAUACCUCUGCGAAGAAGUUGGAGCACAGGCAUACCAAACUAUUGCGACGGCAAGAUGUUGAAAAGAGAAAGAAGUUGAAGAAGAUUGAGUGGUUUAAAAAAAUGUAUGAGGAGGGAGUCCUGUGUGCUAGGACCCAGCACAAAGAGACAGCCCUGUUGGUGGAGAAAUCUACAUACGGCUUGAUGUGUGCCGUGGAGCAGCUGGGACCUGACCUCAUAGCCGAGUGGGAAGUGGACGAGCUGCUGGAGUGGACGAAUGCACUCAACUUUGACAAGUAUGUUGACGAAUGGAAGACAGUGGGCAGCAGCCAGUCAUCUGAAUAUAUGAAAGAAAAGAGACUGGCGCUGUCCAGACAUGACCCGUGUGCAUUUUCUCAGAUGGCUCAGGAUGACAGCCAGUUUGUCACCAACAGCAGUGUCCUUCAUCCCAUAAUCUCAAAUCUAAUCAAGUCUGACCGUUCAUCAGGCCCCUCCUGAAUGCAUCUCCCAGACUGGAAUUCAGGCUGCGGACGCAUUCAUGCCAAACAACUGAGUUUUACCUUGACAACAUAAAAGGAAUAAAGAAGUAGGCUAGUCUAACAGUAUAAUUGUAAUUUUUUUCCUCAGGCGUUAUUUGGGAUUACUUGGUUGCUGUUGGCUCUUAAUUUCAGUUUCAUAUUAUGACUGUAUUAUUUGUCUGAACCAAUAGAUAAAAAAAUGUUUGAAAACUC